AUGUCCAUACCUCCUUUAAUACAAAGUAAAAUAAUUAAAUAUCUAUGUGAAAAAGGUGAUGUGUGGAUAGUGGAGAUAUCUUUGGUUUGCAAACAUUUCUUUAAAAUCGUAAAAGAAAUAAUAGGUUCAAGCAUUAGAUUCGAUUUUGGUAUAUCAUCAAAUAUUAUGCUUUCAAGUGGAAGUCAUGAAGAUGAAAUUAUUUUCAAUAAUUUUUGCAAUGCUAUCAUUGAAGAUAAGAUAUACAAGAGUCAAUUUUUUCUCUAUUCUAAACUUAGAGAAUUGACUGUGUAUCAUGGAGCUGACUACGGUGGAGAGAAAUUUAUCAUCGACAGCUUGGCCAAACUUCUCAAGAGUGCUCAAUGGACAGAAUGGAACCAAAAGAAUAAACUUCAACAUCUACCACGGAUUAAAGUUAGGAUGCUUCAUUGUGAUGGAUAUUCAAGUGAAAUCAAAUGGGUUUUGAAGAAAAAUAGAGUUGCAAAAUACAUCAGUGAAUUCGGUUUGUAUGCCGAUUUUGAGAGUGAAGAUUUAGGUCGCUUUAAACUACCACGAAGUUUGAAGAGAUUAACCAUCUUAGCUUCUGAUGAUAUGGAUAGUCUACCUUCAGAUUCAAUGCAAAUCGAAUAUUUUCUUCAAGGAUUAAGAAAGUGUAAACAAUUGCAACAUCUAAGCUUUCAAUCAGGAAUAUUCGAACGAUUGCUCAGCAAGGAAAGUGGAUUAUUUUUUUGGAACAUCAAAUCUCUAAAGAAACUAAAGAGUUUGGAGAUUAUCGGAAUAGCCGAAUCAAUACGGGGGGUUGGAUUUGGUGAUGGUGAACCUGAAUGGAAUGAUCAGAUCAUCAAUCAUUUGAAAGCUCACAAACAGAUCACAGAGUUUUCGUUUGGUUUGGCUUACAACAUUGAAGUUUUAAAUCUUCAACAAUACCAGCUAUUGGAAUAUCUAUUCAGUCAAGAUUGUGUCGUUCAGAGAAUAAAAGCAUUGUCGAUGUUGUCAAAUGAGAUACCCAAGAUUCAAAGGAACAUUCAAUAUCUAUUUGUUGGUAUAGAGAUGUCUGUUGGGCAUUUUACAAUUGAAAGUUUAGAAGGACGUUAUCGAUACACUUUAAUGGAAAUUAAAAGAUACAGUAGAACUGAAGAACAAUCUCUUCUUGCAAAACAAGAGAUAGAACAUCAAGUUCAAGUAGCUAUCAAUGAAUUCAGUUAUAUCGAUCAUUUGGUGAUUUGUGAUUCAAUGGAAGAGAGGAGAGACGACUUCAAUCAGAUCAAUGCAGACAGCAAUCACACAAAAUCUAAAAACUAUUUCUUUGCACUUGACUAUUUGGAGUUUGUCGAGCAACUUAGAGUUGGAAGAGAAUCAGCAAAUCAGAAGAUUGAAAUACGUCUCAGUAAUGAAAUGCAAAAGUAUUGGAUCAUUUUGGGUUGUCCAAACAGCGAAUAUAGCUAUCUAGAUUCGGAUGAUGACAAUGAUUCAGAUUACUCAAGAAAUAAUGAUGAAGAUUAUGAAGAAUAUUUUGAUGACUCUGCAUUCGAAGACUCUGAAUAUGAAAAUGAUGAAGAAACUGCUAUCUCUAUAGAAAUAGAAUCAAAUAUUAAUAAUUAA